AAACAAACGGAAGAGUGCGUCUGUUUGGAAUUCAUUCUACGCAUAAAUAUAACCAUGCAACAUCCUUUGGAGAUCGGAGCGCACUAUUAUCCACCGGAGGCGCAUCCUGACCACAGGUCUCACCGAUACAGGAGUUUCAUGAUCGAAGAGAUUUUAACAGAUCAUCCGGACCACAAAGUCUCUGCCCCGGCUGGAGAUCUCCUUAAAUUCGGAGUACAUGCUCUUUUAUCUGCACGACCAUACCACAGCCAUUUGGUGCUGAAGGCAGAUCAGUCCAGCAUCCUGAAGUUUCCAAUGUCUCCAUUAUCAUGUUCGCUUGGAGCACCCUUAGGAUCCGCACUCUUGUCUGGGGCUUCAACUCUACAGGUGGGUUCUCCAUCCCACCAUCUGCCACUGGAUCUCCAUCUUCGCAGUAAACUUGACCCUGGAGGAGAUGCAGUGAGCAAGACAAAGAAAGGAAGACGGAGUCGAACUGUCUUUACUGAACUCCAGCUGAUGGGCUUGGAAAAAAGAUUUGAGAAACAGAAGUACCUUUCAACCCCUGAUAGAAUAGACCUGGCUGAGUCUUUAGGCCUUAGUCAACUUCAAGUCAAAACUUGGUAUCAAAACAGAAGAAUGAAAUGGAAGAAGAUCGUAUUACAAGGAGGAGGAUUGGAAUCUCCAACCAAACCUAAAGGCCGUCCAAAGAAAAACUCCAUUCCAACAAGUGAACAACUUUCAGAGCAAGAGAGGACACGAGAUGCGCAUCGUCUGUCUGACAGUUCCACCUCAUCUCAUUCAGAUGCCAAUCAAGAGGAUUAA